AAUGAAAGGCAGGGAGGAGAAGAGAGGAGCCAGCUCCCUGGUGUCCUGUGUCUGCCAGUGGCUGCUAAAUGCCUCUGAGGAAGACUGCUUCCAGCUAAAGGAGCCCUCCUGCCCUGAGAACCUUAGUACCUGGGGCAAGAACCCCCAGGAUGGACUCAUUGGUGAAAUGAAGUGGCUCAGCUGUAAGCUCCAGGACUGCAGAACCAGCAAUGCCUCCCUGGACAGCCCCACUGGACUGGGAUUGCUCUGCUCAGAGAACACCACCAUCCUGAAAUCAGAGAGAAAAUACAAUGGACUCAGCAGCUUAGGCACAGCAGCUACUGCCGUUUCUGGCUCUGUUGGGGUUGUGGCCUUCAUCUUACUCCUGGUGGGUCUCUUGUCUGUGACCCUGAAGAAAUGGAGGCAUGAGAGGCUGUUUAAGAGACAACUGAGGCAUCAGAGAAACUUUCUCCACCAAUCCUUGGAGCCUUCCUGCCAUGCCGAUGCUAUAUAUUCCAACGUGAUCAACCUGGGUCCCUGGAAAGAGGAGGACUUUGCCAUCUAUGCCAACGUGCCUCCUUUUGAUCGCACCAGGAGGACCUCACCGGACCAGGUGGAAUAUGCCUCCAUUGUAUUCCACUGAAGGGGAGCCAAGGAGAUGCUGGGAGUGGGGAGGGAUCAGAUGUGCGUCCAGCUGGGAUCCUGAUACGGCUUUUUUAGAUGUGUGUGUGUACUGGUUUUUUGUUUUUUGUUUUUAAUUUGAGCCUCAAUAUCAGCCUGUGAGGUUGGUUAUUAUUAUUCCAUUUUUUUUAAUUGUGGUAAAAUAUAUAUAACAAAACCUUUGCCAUUGUAACUAUUUUUAAAUGUACAGUUCAGCGGCAUUAAUUACAUUCACCAUGUUGUGCAGCCAUCACCACUAUCCAUUUUCAAAUGUUUUUUAUCCUCCUAAAAAGAAACUCAGUUGUGUGUGUGUGUUUUUAAAAAAAUGCAUAUAAACAUUCUGAUGGAGGUAGCCGGCUGGGUAUUUCUUCCAAUUCUCUUGGAAUCAAAAGUGCAGUUCUAAAGGCAAGGAGUGACAUAUGAGAUGC